AGGUAACCGUUCAUGUUUGGUACACAGGUUGCUCUCCGGUGGUUAGUUUGUAUAGAAGAUUAACGACAUGUUCAGGGCUCCUGUGGACUUCUCUUUUAAAGAUCUGUGCUCAGUAGAAGUUCUGACCUGUCGAUCAUCAACAGCACGAACUUCAGCGUAUGUUUGAUCAGACCACCUGGCCCAGCCUUCGCUCCACACAUGCAUCAACAAGCCCAUGACCCUGUCACCGGUUCACCACUGUUCCUUCCUUGGACCACAUUUGAAAGAUACUGGACACAGCAGACCAGGAACAUCCCACAAGAGCUGCAGUUUUGGUCGUCUAGACACCACAAUAUGGCCCUUAUCUCUUGAAUUGAUGGAAUAUUGGCUGAAAACACUCAGAUAACUGAGUAAAAAAAAUAUAUAGAAUUUAUUUCUUACAAAUGGAAAAUAAAAUGCAUAUUGAUCGAAUACUCUCCUUUCUGUCAAGGGUGUAGACGAGAAGCUAUGGAGCUAGAUAUCUUUUUAUUAUCUGGUAUAGAAUGCAUCAUGAACCUCAGAUGAGCGAAUGUACAUGCCUUUAAAACAGAGUAUUUAUUGAUCCAAGUAAAUCUGAAUCCAAAAGCAGGCAGAAGUCAUGCAAACAGGAUCGAAGUGGCGAAACAGGUAUUAAACAAGUAAACACCAAGAUGAGCUAUAAGGUUUGGAGAGUCACUGGAGCAGAUCAGUACCUUGGAGAUGCAGGUUUGCAUUUGUAAGGCCACAGUGGUUUUCGGGAUUUGGAGUAAAGUAAUCCGACAUGUUUAAUAUUUUAUACCACAUUAUACAACUUGAUGCCGAUGUAUGAAUGUGUGUGUCAGAUGUUCUUGCAGAAGAGCCCAACAAGGGAAUGCGUGUACCUUGGAGAACCUCAGAGGGAAAGUUUGCUAGCCAGGCACUCCGUCUGAACAACAACCUUUUAACCGACACGACCGGACUCAUGGAGACGCUGUCUGCUUUAUUCGUCGAGCCGAAAAGACUCGCCUGGCUCGACCUGUCCUUCAACAAGAUCACACACAUUCACCCGGUCCUUACUGAGCUGGCGGAGUUGCGCGUUUUGUAUCUACAUGGCAACUCGAUGUGCAGUUUCUCUGAGGUGGACAAGCUCGGGGCAUUGCCGCUCCUGCACACCAUCACACUUCACGGAAACAGCAUCGAGACGGAGCAGGGUUACAGAAACUACGUGAUCACCGCCCUGCCUCAUCUGAAGAUGAUGGACUUCAGCGUCAUCACCAAACAGGACCGAAUCAUGGCCUCCAUCUGGCACAGGCCCCCAAGGAACCGCAAACCCACCAAUCGCAGCGCAGAAAACAUUUCGAAGAAGUAAUUUGCAAUUACAUUCCAAGGCACGUGGACACCUGACCAUCACAUCUGUAUGUGGUCCAGGAUGCUUUUGAGUCUGGUUCUUUUGAAGUUUUCUUCCUCAUGUCAUCUAAGGGAGUUUUUUAUUUUUUACUGCUCUUCAGGG